AUGCGAUACCUGAUGAUGUCCAAGAAUUUGAAGCUGCACUUGGAUGGUGCUGGACAUGUGUCAGAGGAUGCACGGGUCGAAUGCUGGAGCGAUGCCGAAUUUGCCGCGAGAAAGGCCGACCGUAAGUCAAUAUCAGGGUGUGUACUAACUGUGGAUGGUGCAGUGGUUCUGUGGCUGUGCAAGAAGCAAUCGGGUGUAUCGCUGAGCACUUUGGAGGCUGAGUUUAUCUCAGCGUCGCAAACUGGUGGGGAGCUGCUUGGCAUGAAAGAACUACUGAGCGAAUUGAAGCUACGCGUACGUGAGCCCAUGCCGAUGUGUAUUAAUAACCAAGCGGCGAUCAAGCAACUCGAUUCAGAGAAGAGCACCUCGAGCGCCAAGCACGUAGACACACGUCACAAACUUAUAUGCCAUCACGCACAGAAAGGGACUUUGGUGCCAAGGUUUGUGCGACAAGGAUAUGCUAGCAGACAUACUGACGAAGUCGUUGCCGGCACCAAGAAUGGAGGAUUUAAGGUCCAUGCUCAAGUUGGACACCACACGACUAACACCGAGGAGGAGUGUUAG